AUGACGGAGUACGCGGACUGCACGGAGGUGUCGAAGAAGGCGCUGGAGUUCCGGCAGCAGUUUUACCAGCUGCUGGACGACCCGAACAAGCGGCCGGAGAUCGUCAACUUGUACGCCCCCGGAACGCCGCUGCUGUGCGAGUGGAACGGCCACUCGCUGCCGGACGCCGCCUCCAUCUCGGCGUACCUCAGCGGCCUGCCCAGGACGAGCCACAAGAUAGACUGCGUAGACGCCCAGCCACUGCCCGGAAACGAGCAGGCGGAUUCAUUUCUCAUGACGGUGCACGGCAUCGUGACGUACGACGAUGAGCACAAGCGAGAGUUCUUUCAGCGUCUCGUUAUUCGCAAGGUGGAUGGGCGCUACUACAUCGUCAACGACUACUACCGCUGGCUCAGUGAGAAGGAGUGA